GCACAGUAAGGCAGAGACGGCAAUUCAAUUCAAUAGCCUUUGCAUUCGUUGUUGGUACUCUCUGUGUGUGUUUUCAAUCAGGCGAGCGGCGCGCGUACGAACCUCAUCUUUUCCGCAUUGAUACCAACAAAACACAGCGAUACGCUACUACAAUAAAGCAGCGUAUGCAGCGCUGUUUGUUUAUUUUUUACUAACUAAAAGCAAACGGCAAAACAAACCAAAUAAGUCGCCGCGUUUCGCGUUGAUUUCGCUGCAAAACUACACACACACGCGUUACAUUGGCGUUGUUUCGUAGAGUUCCGUGCGUCGUUGUGUCGUCGUUAGAAUCGAUGAAUUUUCAAUUUGAAAGUUUUUUUUUUAAUUUUUGAAUUGACGUGUGCUCUGGUCCGUGUGUAAAUAUACAUACGUACAUACGUGCAAUAAUCAAUACAACCAACAAAACCAUCAACUAGCAACGUACAGCGUACAGCGUACAUCCUACAUCGUACAUCGUACAACAAACGGCGCAGAACAGUUUUUACUGGCUUGAGACUCCGCUUCCAUAGCCAUUGACAUAGUGCUUGCGUUUGUGUGUGUGCGUGUAGUGCAAGAAGUGGAAAGACGUGGAGAAGAGAAGACGAGGAGUAGCCGCUAGUAUAGUAACUAUUCUUCGAAAGAGACACCGUGUAGUACACCGAAAAAUAAUCAAGUAAUACACCAAUCCGCAAUCGAACAGUCGGAGCAGAUCCGAUCCGAUCGCUCACAGUUAUGGAGCACUUUCAUCAAAUACAGCAAACCAUUCAACACUAUCAGCAGCAACUGGCUGCGCAGCAACAGCAACAAGUACAACAGCAACAGUUGCAACAGCACCAGGUGGUGGUGCAGCAGAAUCAGCAGCAGGCGCAUCAAAACAGCUCCAAUACCACAGCCGGCGUGGGCACCCAACAGCUGUUCACAUACAAAAUGGCCAGCAGUUUUCCUAAUCCGGCCACAACGAUGGCCCAAGUGGUGGCCACAUCGAACGCUGCCGGCACCACGGGCUACGAUUACCGUCUCAAUAUGGCCCAAGCGGCCGCAGCUGCCGCCGUUCCCGGCUCCCAAUGGUGGUAUUCGGCUGCCAAUCAGGGUCAGGUUGAUGCCAACACAGCGGCGCAACUGCAGCAGCAACAGCAGCAGCAGCAACAGCAACAGCAGCAGCAACAGCACCAGCAGCAACAACAGAUCCAACAGCAGCAGCAGCAACAGAAUGUCAUCAACUCGGCCGGUAGUCCAAUGAUCAGGGGCAAGGCAGAUGCCAAACCCAGAGGCCGAAUGACCGCCUACGCAUACUUUGUACAAACUUGCAGAGAGGAGCACAAAAAGAAGCAUCCCGAUGAGACUGUGAUAUUCGCAGAGUUCUCACGAAAGUGCGCCGAGCGGUGGAAGACAAUGGUGGACAAGGAGAAGAAGCGAUUCCAUGAGAUGGCCGAGAAGGAUAAGCAGCGUUAUGAGGCGGAAAUGCAGAACUAUGUGCCGCCCAAGGGUGCGGUUGUGGGGCGUGGCAAGAAGAGGAAACAGAUCAAGGACCCCAAUGCUCCGAAACGUUCAUUGUCUGCGUUCUUCUGGUUCUGCAAUGACGAGAGAAAUAAGGUGAAGGCCCUCAAUCCCGAGUUCGGAGUCGGCGAUAUUGCCAAGGAGCUGGGACGAAAGUGGUCCGACGUGGAUCCGGAGGUCAAGCAAAAGUACGAGUCGAUGGCCGAGCGGGACAAGGCUCGAUAUGAACGGGAGAUGACUGAGUACAAGACAAGCGGGAAAAUAGCCAUGUCCGCACCGUCAAUGCAGGCGUCGAUGCAGGCGCAGGCACAGAAAGCCGCGUUACUUGCCGCCGCUGCCCAGCAGCAGCAUCAGCAGCUGGAUGAGCAGCAUGACGACGAUGAUGGUGAUGGCGAUGAUGACGAGAACCAAUAGGUUUAGCAGUAAAUAAUACUCUUCAACUAUUUAUACACACCACACACACACCCACACCCACACACAGAGAAAGACACAAAACAAUGUGUCGUUGUUGGUCAUCACAAACGAGGCGAAAGUGAACAUGAUGAUAUCGUUGGUUGAUCUAUUAUCAGGUUGGCCAAUGUGUGUUUUGAAUAUAUAUAUGUAUUAAGGGUGUUCUCUCUUUUUUUUUAUGUUGUUCUUUCAAGUUUCCACGUUUUAAUAACGAUUCGAUGGUCACAUGUAAGAUUUUUAUAAUUUUAGUUUUGCAUAAGUGGAAAAACAGUGCUCUCUUUGGUUAGUUUUUAUAUGCGCAUGAAAUUUUUUUUUAUAUUUUUUUAUUUUGAUGAAGAUGCAACUUGGUGCCUCGGUGUAAUCUUGUGGAAUCUCUUAAACCCAACUACCGCACGAUCGUAAACUGGACAAACAUUCCCAAAAAUGAACCUUGACUUUUGAGUAUAUAUAUUUUUUUGUUUCUCUUUUGUGAGCAUUGAAAUCGUUAUCGGAAUGUGGAAGCUCGAUAACAAAAAAGGUACCCUUUAUGUAUAUAUAUGUAUGCAUAUAUAUAAAUAAUAUAUAGUUUUUUUUUUUAACAAUAAGUAAUCAAAUUUCCAUGAAUUAUGAAAGAAAGAAAGAGAAAUCACAAAGAAAAACUUUUAUAAGUUCUAUGUUAAGAAUAAAUACGAUUAAGUAUGGUUAGAUUAAAAAAAAAACAACAAGAAAACGUACAUUAAUCUUUCUGCAAAACCUUAUUUCUGUGCUUCAGUGCUGAGUUUCUCCUAACAAAAAAAAACAAACAUGAAAAAAAUACUAUGAGAAUUAUUUUAAAAUGCAUCAUCAUCGAUGUCAUUCAUUGUCUCAGCAACAAAAAAAAAAAAAGUAUGAAAGGUUACCACUACCCACAUUUAUAAAUAUUGGUACAUAUUUCCCAUUUAUUAAAGUUAGAUUCUCCAUAUUUGAAACCUACAAUUAAUGCGUUGUUCUCACUCAUUUUGAGUUUUCGAUCACCAGUGUGGCUAAGAACAUUUAAAGAGAAAGAUGCCUAACGUAAACAGGCAGCCAGAUCUAGAGUGCUAAUGUGCAUUGUCUCUCUUUUCCCCUCUAGAAAGAGCAUGGCGUUACGCAUCUUAUUCUUUAUAUUUUCUUUGUACCUAACCAAAAAAAAAAAGCAGAAAAAGAAACGAAAAACUCUCAAUGAGACGUGAUAAUUUUAAAUACUUCACUCAGUGGCGGGGUGAUAUCUUCUCUAACCAUUUUUGAACAUUUAUUUUUUGCAUCUUCAAAGUAAGAAAGACUAAAAUUAAAUUGAAUACCUAUAAAAUCCUUGAUUUUCCGGAGUUCAUUUAGCUAUUAGAAUUUGGUUUAUUGUUUAUUUGUACAUAUAUAUAGACAUCAAUUCUAAAAUAGCCGCGAGAGAUCAAAAUCAGUUAAGAUAACCUCGGGGGUGUAUAAUGGAUAAAAGCAUAAUGGAAAAUGGAUAAAGGAAUAAAAAUGGAUAAGGUUGUUGGUCAACGCAUAACGAUAUAUAGGACAUUGACUUGGCCAUGUACAUACAUACAAUCUGAAGUAUUAUUUAGACGAGACUAUGUAGGAAUUAAUAAGAAGCAGAAGCGUAAGCUUAAUUUAUAGGAAUGCCUAAUAAAUACCUUAUGCUGGGACUUGAAGAUAGCAGCGCAUGAAUGACGUAGAGAGUAGAGGAACGUAUUCUCAACAUAAUAACAUAUAGGUGAUAACACUUAGUUUCACAGAUACAAAAUACUGAAUACUGAAAUGUACUGGAGAAGGAGCUUUGACAAUUGCUGAUCAGCGAUUGCCAGACCAUCUUCUGCAAGUUUAAAAUCUAAGUAAUAGUAGGCUCAGAGGGGGGUCUGCUCCAACGCAUUGUUGGUGUCUAUAUAGAGUUGGUAUUUCGUUUAGUUUCGGCCCUCCACACUCGAUGAAUGUAUGUAUAUAUAUUGUUAGCAUGAUUUUUGCUAGAGAGAAUAACUCGCCACCGAGAUUAUAUAUUUUAUUAAAGCGUCCAUCCCCCUUUUCAUUUCUUUUUUCAACCAAUUAAAGAGAAAAAUAAAUCCAUAUUCCCCCAUGUGCGCUUCUUAUAAGUAAAACUAAACUAAAGUAAACCAUACGAAAUAAACUUUUAGAAAUGAGAUUCUUUGUAGAUGGAACUAUGAUGAUGUGUUCUCCAAAUCCAUUUGUCUUUAUUAUUUUUUAAUGUAAUACCCGGUAUAUACGGUAUACGAUUACGACGAGCUUUUAUGUUACAUUCUAUUCUCUCCAAAACCGCUUUAUCUAUUCUAUAUAAAUAUAUAUAUUUGAUAGAAAAAAGAAACACUCGGAAAAAGUAAUGAAAUGAUAAGAAAGGAGGAAGUAUCCCAGCCGAGUUCCUGAACUUAAAUGUGUGAAUUACGUUAGCAAUACUAUAGUAGCCACUAAGAAUUUGUUUUUUUUUUCCUAAGAAUUUACACAAUACUGUAAAAAUAGUUGGAAAUAAAUUUAAUUUAGCUAGAUGUACGCUUAUAAAGGCAAAAUCUGAGAAAAUUCGUUACCGAGUUGUUUUGCGUCUUUGUAAUACAAAUUGUGCCAAAAAAACAAAAAAGAAAACUGGCUCCACGGGAAACCUAAAACAUUUUAGACAAUCGUGUGAUGUUGUUGACACUCGACACAAUUCAAGAAGACACUUGGCUAGAUUUUCCGUCCGUGCAAAUUGUGCACCUAAAAUGGUGUUUCCCCCCCUCGGAUCAAGUAGUUUCCCUUCCGUAGAAGUCCUCAUUCAUUCAUUCAUUCAUCACUAUAUAUUGCUAAAGGGUCAAAUUAGUAGAAGGUUAUUAAAAAAUAACCACCUGCACUUGGCCUAUUUAUUUUGUAGACUUGUAGUAGAC